AUAAUUGCUUUAGACACACAGUACUACCAUGCUAAGCCUAAACCACCCUAGACUAGCCAGUACAUUACUGGUCUUAGGGUAGACGAGGAGACAAGUCAUGUCAUUUAGAGGCAGGGUUCUACAACAUGAAAGGUAGGCGGGAGUUACCGACACGUGCGUUAUGGUACUAGCGCGUGAUAAAAUGUUUGGCUGACUAGCCAACCUCUGUAAGAAAACAGUUUUUCGAAUCAAACUAAUCCAGUAGUGUUUGUGUUGUUCAUUACCGAAAAUAUGCUAGAUAUAUGCAAUUAGCUGGCUGACUAGUACGCGUUUUAUGAGCUAGCAUAGUAUGGCCUUCCUACGGUAGCCUGCUUAUGUAACAAACGUUAACGUUGGUAGAAUCUAAACGAGGCAGGUGAAGUUCAUGAAACAGUUCAACUAGCUAAACUGAAAUAACAAUGAAUCCUAAUAUGUGGAAUAUCAAAGAGAUUUUAAGCAUUCCAAAUGGAUCCAGUGGACCCAAAAUCACCAGCAGGAAUGAGGCAACCAGUGACUACUCCAGCUUGACAGAUUCACAGUUUCUGUUUGGAUCACAAUUUUUGCCUGACAACAUGCAGGGAAUGUUGCAAGACACAGCCUUUUCAAACAGAACAUCUGGUAGUUCACAAUCACAGGAGGCAAGUGAGCCAAAACCUUUAAGCAGUUACCAUACCAAACCAUUCCUUCUUGGAAAUGGUAAGGACAAAGUGAAGGCACCAUGCUUUUCAAGUGGCAAAUCUGUUGGUGUGCUGGACAAGUUUGAAGAGGACAAGAAAAGGGCAAAAGAAAAGUUAGAGAGUGACAUUCUCACCUCUGGAUUUCUUCGUGACAACCUCGAAUGUAUCAAGCUCUCUCUAAAUCACAUUGAUCAGAGCACUAUGUCUGGCAAGAAAGAUUUUGCUGAUUUUGAAAAGAGAUUGCAGCAAAACAUAGCCAGUUUGCAGGAAGGGUUUGCACAGCAGUUUGAGGCCUUGCAGAAUAAACUGAGCACCCAGAAUCAGAUGCUGAAGGAGAUGGAUGAUAGAGCCGCUAAGACAGGUGUGGCGACUACAGCACUCAGCUCUCACAUGCAGGGCCUUCUGCAGAAUCUAGAGUUCCUGAGACAUGAGCAGAGUCAAGUACAGCGCAUGUUAGGGGAAGUCCUGGGCCUUACAGGCACCUUGGUUUCCGAGCUCCACCCCGUCCCUGUCGGGGUGAUGGACAGCAUGGUCCAGACAUCACCAGGAAUGAUGGAGAGGUUCAGCCAGGUGGAUGAGGAGAACAGGCACUUGGAAGAUGUAGGCCUUUGUGUCGCGAUGGCAGUCACAGCGCCUCAGAAAGCAUUGUGUGGUGUAAAGGAGACUGGAGGUGAGGCGGCAGAACAGCUACCCUCUGCAGAUGGGGGCCUCUCAAAGACAUGUAACCAGGGCAGGGCCAUGAGGAGAUGCACACUGAGAGGCCACAGACCGUUGAAACAGCCCUUCAGGAGCAGAAGGAGGGCAUUGGUGCCUCCACAGAGGUGUGGCGUAAAGGCUAGGGGCCAGUGCAUGAACCAACAGCCUAUCAAACAGCAACAGAAGCAGGACAACAGAUCAACUGGCAAGGAGCAACACGAUCCCAACUGGGUACAUAUGGACAGUGUUACAGAACCACAGAAACAACAGCGGGAAACUGUUGGAUACCGCCACCCUUUCAGGAUGUGGUCCCAGGAGUGUAACCAAUCUGUGUGUGUAGCCACAGGGGACCCUGGGCCAGCUUGGGAUGAAAGACCACCUGAGCCUAGGGUUGAGGUUCUCUCCUCAGAGAGAAAGAGAGGCUUUUGGCAUCUGUUUGAUAUAAACUGUGAUUCUGACUGAUGAAGAAUCAAGGAAGUGUUAUUCUUGAGUUUGGUUAAUCUCUAAUUUCUUUCGACACAAAAAUUUAAUUACAUUUUUUUUUGUUAUUGUGUCCCUAUGCUUCUUUUCCAAAUCCUUUGCACUGUAACUGUUUAAUGCAUCAUAAAUAAGGAAAUGGCUAAUGGUUCAGGGUAAUUCUUUUAAUUUCUUUUGAUAAAAUGUACAGAAAUCAAGCCUGCCCAGAAAACGAAGCAUUUUUAACAAACAUAACAGAACUAAGCAAAAUAGAUAAACUGUCUAUAUUACUGUAUUA